AGUGUACGAGAAGAUACUUGAUGCUCUCUCCGGCUGUUCGUGAAAGUGGAUAGUUUCAGUAUUAUAAGCACAAUAAACUGCUGAGUGUGCGUGUGGGUGCCAGAGUUGGCUUGCAUUUUCACUAUCUAAGAUCUUCUUUUUCAAAAGAGAAUGGGUGGCAUUAAAGGUGGUGUGGGUAGCUUCCUGCUGCGUCGAACGGCAGCCAAGAGCAUCCGACAAAAACACCUAACCGGUCCGCAGUUCAACAAGCGUAAAACCUUUAUUUUCCCCAAGGGUUAUCAUCAGCUGCACCGCCGUGUUGCUCCAGCGCUGCAGACGGGCUCGCCGACGCACCAACGCGAGCACCAGCGCUACGCCCAUCUGCCAGGAGACGCCCGCACGCGGCCGAGCGAGGACUUCACAUUCAGGUCAGCAAACGAAGGCGGCCGCGCUCGCGCUGACAAAGCGAUGUACGCCUGGGCAAGGCGGGGAUCUCUGCAGCUGUACCAGAUGGGCGGUAAGCGCGAAACGUUCGUGUGCUACCGCUGCGGCUACCCGAUUCGAAGCGCGCUCGUCGCCAUCAAAGACGACAACUGGGACUACCGUAUGUGCUACUCGUGCUACACGCAAACCGUGACAUCCGGUAUGGAGCGAAACACGUAA